AUGCAGGGUCUGCCUGUGCCCUCGCAGAGAUGGCUCCGCCAGCAGAAUCAUUUUGGCAAGUCGAGCGCACCUUUGCAAGCCAGACGUUGGGCUGUGACGUUCGUUUAUACUGGUCGUGGACAUUUGCUUGGUUGCCUUGCACCUUUGGCUGGCUUUAGUGCAGGAUGCCUGUGCAGAGUGCAUAAGCGGAACCUGCAGAAGCUGUCAAGCUGCAAGAGCAGCUUUGUGAGCCAGAAGUUUGAGCAACUGGCAGAGCUGCGGAGCUGGUUAAAGUCGAUUGGGACGCAGGGUGUGGAGGACAUCAGGUUUGAUGCCAGUACCAAGGCCGGCGGAGGUUUGGCAGCCUUCGCCACGAGAGACUUCAAGCCAGGUGAAGUUGUGUGCUUCGUGCCGGAGCAAGGGAUUCUAACCUGUGAUCGCCAAGAAGACUGGCCUCAAGAGGCAUCCUUGGCAAAGGCACUACUUCACGAGAAAGACCUAGGAUCCAAGUCCUUGUUCGCGCCAUACAUCAGAUGUUUGCCUACGCUUGAAGAGCUUCCAUCAAUUCAUCCCUACUUCUGGCCCGCUGACUUGAACAUCGACGAUCUGCUGGCUGGGAGUGCCCAUGGCCGACGUGUGGCCAACGAGAUCUUUGCGGAAGGCCUCCACAACGUGUCUUGCUUGGUCAAAGCUGGCAUUUCGGAGGAUCAGGCCCGGUGGGCCCUGGCGAUCGUGGAUUCCAGGGCUUUCACCUUUCAACCUGACUCGGACGAGCAGCUUGCGUUGGUGCCGCUGGUAGAUAUCCUGAACACUACAACUCUCUUUGAAGAUGGUGUGCAGCUCUGGCAGUGCUCUUUUGAGCCACAUGGAGCUGUUAAGGAGGGUGCACUCCUGCUUGCCGAGGGUCCUGUGAAGGCAGGCGAGGAACUCUUGAAUCUCUUCGAGCUUUGUGGACUCGAGGUUGACGUCCCUGCCGUCCUUGCCGAUGACCCGCCAGAUGUGAAAUCUGCAAAGCUGGCAGCCUUGAGCCAGGCCGACAUUCCUUACGAAAACCUGCUGAUCGAAUUGCCGACGGACGCGCAGAUUGGAGGGAACAUGAUGCCCGUUGCCAGAUUGCUAUCCUGCCAGACCGAGGAGGAAGUUGCUGAAUUUGCAGACUCCUUGACACUGACAGUUCCCAAUCUACAGGUGGACUUGUCACGUGAACUCAAAGCUCGUCGUUUGGUGGUCCAGUGGCUUCAAAAGGCUCUGGAGGACUCGAUCGCAGCGUCAGCCAAGCCACUGCCCGAAACCGAAUCUCCUCAGAUGAUGGAACUGCGGAGGACAGCCCAGAAGCUGAUUGCAAAUGAGCGCCCCGUCCUGGAGCUAGAAUUGCUGGCAUCGGAGAGGUUCUGCGCGGGUGCAGAGGCUGUGCUCGAAGCCGGCGGAGAGGUGCUGAAGACCUUCGUGUCAGAACACUGGGAUGACGAAACGGGAUGGAUGGGAGCUGGGUAA